CUCGAGACGGCAGAAACGUGGUGCCAGCCACGGGGCCAGGCACGCGGGCCCUGGAUCAGGGGUGUGCCGCUACCCCUGCCGGUAUGGGCCCACUACGAGUCACCAGCCCUGACCGUAAAUACGGUCGAACAGUAUGAGGAACUAGCAGGCAGCGUUGAGCUUGAGACACAACGACUGCUGCGCGAGCAACGCUAUGAUACCGUUGGCAACUUCCUUAGGCUUUACAGAGACUAUGCGGCGAGCGGAGAGAGCACACUGGACAGGUUCUAUCGAAAGUACCAACCUUUGAUCAUCCAUGGGCAGCACACUUGCGUGGGUCUCGGUUUUGAGCUCCUGCGUAGACUUUGCGCGCUCGAUAAAAGAUUCUCUGGAAUGGCGAACGGCCUUUACCUGGUGUCCUGUGAAGAGACUAUUGGAGACAUCGCUGGCUACGUCGGUGGUCCACCAGCUGCUGAUAGUGGCGAAAAGGAACACGUGCUAGUAUGUUUGAAGAUUGAAAUCGCAGGACGUCGAGGUGUCCUACUUCUCGAUCCGGGUUACCACGUAGCUCGUGUGAUAACAGUAAUGGCCGACAAGUUAUAUCCACACACUGGAUGGUUUACACAAUCCGAAGAGCCUAGCUGCAAGAAAGAGUACAAUUACUCUCUAUGCACCCAAGACACUGACUACGUCGAAUGGCACGAACGUGAAACACGACCAGGAGCCCUGGAACGUACCCAGGUUGCUCUUAUUUACGUGGCCAGGCCUUACCUGACUGCCAUCGACGUGACUGAGCGCAGAAAUCUUGUCUACAACUUCAGGACAUUGUUGGCCCGCGACACCAAGGGUCAUGUCACUGCCGGUAUUUAUUUUACGGUUACACUGGAUCUGAAGAACGAGCAGACAUUCACCAUUUUUCAUCAGACUGGAAACGGAAAGAAGAGAGUCAAAAUGCCCUUCAGCAAGUUCGGUGGUUCGCCAAAGGUGAAUUUAGAAAACGAGGAAGCCACGGUAAUAACUGAAUGUGCUCGUCAGCUGGGUAUGACCUGCGAGAAUCUGAAAGGCUUCUUGUCUGCAUUGGCUACCGUGAUGAGCGACACGUCGUUCAUCGCACAGUUACUGGCCAUUAACGCAAGAAUCAACACUUUGGCGGAGGACAAUUAACAGAAGUCUAAAACGCAGUGCCAGCAGUGGUGCCGAGAUAACAACGCUACUACGUCGUCUUUUUGUUUAUUUUGCCAGCUUUCCUCUUAUGUUAUCUUUACUUUACUUUUCACUGUCGCAUUUCUGCUUCGUUAUGCGUAAAUAAUUCGUAUUGGGCUAAGUUCAUUUAUGAAUUGCUUAUCAGUUAAUCGGGGGGAAAAAUAUUGAGUAUAGAUAUUUUUCUAGUUCAAAUUUCUUUUCUUAUUUGCAUUUCAACGGAAAAUGACUGAGUUGGUGGACGAAUAAAAAUCCGUUGACUUCUGACCAAAGACCUUAAAAUUGACGAUGGCUUUAUGCUCUUAUUUACUAUCCCUUUACAGUGGGUUCUUUUUUAUAACGGGAAUCAGUAAUAUCGAUAUGAGAUAUAAUAUGCUUUUAUUUCAUGUAACUCCUUAUGAUUUUACUUCUUACGCAUUAAAUGUGAGGGAAAAAAAUACUAUGCUUCUAAAUUACUUAUAAUGGAUUAAAUUAUCCUUCGCUUUUGUAUCUUUCAUUUCAAUAAAUUGUAGCGAAUGAGCUUUGAGACGUAA